AUGAAACUACAGAGGAACCAUCCCUUAAACAGGGGAGGGAACACAGCCAACCAUAGCCUAUACCAACGCAGGAGAAACCUGCCCCCCCACCCCAUGAAUUUCAGAGACAAAUUCUUUGGAGGCAAGCGGCCAGUCAUCAGGGACUUAUUGGGAGAGGAAGAGGUAAUACCAAAUCUAGAAGAGGACGUUAUUCUGGUAAGGGACGGUCCGAUUCCAAGAGUCAUAGUACACGACAGACUUGAGGACAAGCUGAAGGAACCAUGGAAGAAAUUAGUAGUUGUGAAGCUGAUGGGUCAAUCUAUUACCCUCCUAGCGGGGGACCAUCAACAAGGAGCCCAAAUUGAAGGGCAAGGUAGUGGAAGCGGAACAGAAGCGACAGAACAGAAGCGAAGUGAUGUUGGGCCCAAAACCCAGGCCAAAGGUCGAGCGACAGGAGAAAACCUAAAUAGUGGGGAAAUGCCAAGCAGUGGCUCUGUUACCCAUCGCAGCUUACAAAUAGAACCAAAGACCAUAAGAGAAACGGGUCAACAAGUUCAAAUCCCCAACCAAAGACAAACAAUAGAAACAUUUCCAAAUGCAAUUCCGGUCUCGUCGUCUCUACAUCCGGAGAAACACAUAGCUGUCAUGGUAAAGGCGACAACGAAGAAGAGUUCGGCGAUGGAAAUCAGUGUCGGAUGUGACGAAUUGGAGGAAAGACUGAAGGAAAGGGGAGAUGAUGGUGCGGGUCUUAUGGACGAUCCAGGGGACAUGAAGUGGACGUCCAUUGCCGACACCACCGUGAACCGGAGGACAAUCGAAUGGAUGAGGAUGGGUUGCAAUGGGGAACCACCCUCUGGAAUAAGUAGCCAGUAA